CCACCUUCAAUGUUCCCUCAAGCCAUGUCUGCUUUUGGGGAUCUUCAUGAAUGGUAUAUGGGCGCUCUGAGUCGUCAAGAAGCAGCUGCAUGUCUCCAGGGACACCGCCAUGGGACCUUUCUGGUACGGGACAGUACUACGUGCCCUGGUGACUACGUCCUCUCCGUCAGUGAAAACUCCAAGGUGUCACACUACAUUAUAAACAGCCUCCCUGGGCGUCUACGGAUUGGGGAGCAAGAAUUUGAUGGUUUUCCAGUGCUUUUAGACUUCUACCGCCUGCAUUACCUGGACACUACCACCCUGGUAGCUCCCUUGGGACGCGUUGUAGCCCCUUCCUCUGCCCAGCCACCUCCUGCUGGCGAGUGGGUCCGUGCCCUCUAUGACUUUGUUGGCCGUGACCAGGAAGACCUUCCCUUCACCAAAGGGGAGCCUUUGCGAGUUUUAGCCAAGCCAGAAGACCAGUGGUGGACAGCUCAACGUGCCGAUGGGCGUGUGGGUAUGAUACCCGUGCCAUAUGUCCAGCCUUGUCCAUAUGCUCAUCCCAGCAGCCAUGGCGCCCCCCGACACGCUCCCGUAAUAGCCAGAGCAGUCCAACGAAGGGUGCCUGGUGCCAGUGACAAAACAGCAUUGGCCUUUGAGGUGGGUGAUCUCAUUGCAGUCACCAAGAUGAAUGUCAAUGGCCAAUGGGAGGGAGAGCUGAAUGGGUGCUGUGGACACUUCCCCUUCACCCACGUCAAAGUCCUAGACUCUGAGGAAACCAGCUGAAUACCCAGUGGAACACC